AUGAAACCUGCAGAGGAAGUGAAGCCACUGGUAGAGGAGAAACUGGUGGAGGUCACCGAAAAGCGUGAAGUUACGAUUGAAGAAAUCGCAGAAGCCAGUGCCAUCAUCGAAGCUAUCUUCACAAAGACUGAAGAAAUAUCAGGUCUUGAAAUCGACCUCAUCACCAGCCCAUACGAUUCUGUUGCUCACACUGCUCCAACUCCAAUCAAGAAGAAGGUCCCCGAAGAAGAGACUCACCCCCCUGCUGAGAGAAUACACCAGCAGAGAACACAAGCCGCUGACUUUCGACAGAAGCCUUGCUCGCAUGGAAACUGA